AUAUUCAUGAUUUUGCAAACCCGGACUUUUCAUUAUUAUCCAACAUGCACAAAGAGACAGAAACGGAUAUCUACUCGCAGGUUGGCUCAGUCGGCACAAGCCUCCGUCUCGUCUUCACAUGCCCGUACAAGGUACAAGCACGAGGUACCUUCCCUUCCCACCCCUCCCGCCGCCGCCUGUCAUCAUGAGAAAGAAAACAUCUGGAUUUCACCGUCACUCACUCUCUUCCUUUCUUUCUUGAAAAUCUCCUGCUGUCUUCCCCAUCUGCUCUUUAUUUUCCGAUCCCGUUCGUGCCGGCCGGUUAUCCUAGAGCGUGGCUUAGUUUCGUCGUUAAUCGUUGUAUCUUGCGGCACUCAGCCUCAUUCGCGUGCAAGGCUGCGAUGACGCACUUGCAGUUUAUGCAUGGCAGCAUUUGACACUCCCUGGCUUCAUCACAUGUCCACUCCAACGCAAUCCACCGACAAUGUCUCGCAGCAACCCGUCGCUGACCCAAACCCGCCAACCUACGCUGCAUUCUCCCCGUCCACCUUGAGUCAAGCAACGCCGCAGACAAAGGUGCGCUCCGCUAUUCUCGUUCACCAGAAAUCGCCCUUACUGGCCGCAACUCCUCCUCAAGUCACUCGUGUCCUCGCCUAUUCCCACCCAUUCCUGCUGCCGCUGAACCAAUUCGCCGGUUUGCUGACAUGGACGACGGGCGAUCCUUGGGAAAGCUUCCUGCUGGUGGCUUCGUUCUGGGGAAUCGUCAUGUAUGGAGACAGGAUAACUAGAUAUGCCGGGCCUAUAAUAGUAGUGCUGGGGCUUAUACUGGGGAUGUUUGCGCGCAGGUAUUCCCCGCUGUCGUCGACGGGCUGGACGGGAGAGAAAGGGCAAACGAGCCACAAGCGACAGGAAUCGGAGAGCAACAUCAAACAUCACAAGAGUCUAGAAGAGAUAGUGGACACACUGAAGCUAUUCACGUCAAGGUGCAAUAUCUUGCUGGAUCCGUUCUUGCGCUUGACGGACUUCUUGUCUACACAGCGUACUGCAACCUCAGCAACCACUCGGCCAGCACUUACCGUUCUCUUCAUUCGGAUACUUUUCGUCCUGCCCCUAUGGAUCGCUUUGACACUCCCGCCAUUCUACAUCCUUUCUACCAAACGAGUAGUCCUUGCUGUUGGCACCGUAAUACUAAGCUGGCACUCACGGCCGGCACGUGUAUCACGUACCAUUCUUUGGAGGUCAAAGAUGGUUCGUAGGAUAUGCGCCUUCGUGACUGGAUUGGAUUUUGGAGAACCGAUAGUACUGGACGACAAAGCACCAAAGCUACCACCACGCCGCAAGAGCGCGCAACAGAUAGCUGCUUCCUUAGCCGCCAAACGACGUCCGGACUCCCCAGGUGUGCGCUUCACGUUCAGUAUAUACGAGAAUCAACGUCGAUGGCUGGGCAUAGGUUGGACGUCGUCAAUGCUUGCUUACGAACGGGCAUCUUGGACGGACGAGCACCUCAAUCCCGUGCCGCCAAAGGAACAAUUUGAGCUCCCUGAGGUGGAAGGGAACCAGGCGCGGUGGAGGUGGGUGCAAGGCAGCAAAUGGAAGCUUGACAGUGGAGAAUCCGGCAAGUCAGAUAAGACAACUUCCGCAGGGGACGAUGCAAGCUGGAUCUACUACGACAAUAAGUGGAGAGAUGGGAGACGAGGGCAGGACGGAUGGGGCCGAUAUACUCGCCGUCGCAAGUGGUAUCGUGAUGCUGAACUGGUCGAAGUGACUGCUUCGACAGAAGUAACACCGAGCCCGACCCCGAAAAUUGAUCCUGUAGACGACUCUGCACCACUUGCUACCUCCAACUCCUCCACUACUCCACCCAAACGAGGUUCCCCUCCUGACUCUUUAGACCUAAGUGCCCGCCCUCCUUCGGAAUACGCUACCUCUAUUGCCUCCGAUACAGAUGCUGCAUCUACUAGAUCCCGCCGUAGUUGGUUCAAGAGACACAAACACAGCAGAAGUCGGAGUAGGAAUGGUAGUGAUAUCGCCCCCACAAUAGCGAGUUCCACUAGUACGGACGUGAGCCGGAGAAGUGACGAGGAAGAUGUGCACUCGCCCAUUGAAAGGACGGCGCGAGACGACGAAUGGCGACUAGGGGACGAUAUCAGGAUGACGCUGGACAUAUGAAUAUGCCUCAGCAGCGCGUAGGGCGGCUUUGUUUUCUCUGUAUUGUGUAUGACUAGCGACUAUCAUCAUUCUUCCAUGUUCGACUACACACGUGGGAUGCGCCCAUUGUUCUCUAGCACUUAGGACUAUAAGACUAUGCAAUCGACUGGCGCAGAUCUCCGGAGGGAAGCCACCGAAGAAGGUUAGCCGGUGGGUUGGCAUGGGAUGGUGUACUGUACGGAGUGGAGUACACCUGAGUGACAUGCUAUCGUGGCGAGGGUAUUGUUAAUGUGUUGCUUAUGCCUGUCACCACUACAGGCCAAGGAAUGAUACUGCCGACUUGUCAUGUAUAGUCAUGUACCAGUGGCAUCGUUCCCGUUUGCAUCAAGUUCCCGCAACGUAUCGUAUACCCGCCUUAUGGAGGUAAUACAUACCUAAACUAAGUACCUAAACCGCUGAAUGAUAUGUAAUUAC